UUGUGUCAAUUUGACGUACCGCUCAUCACUAGUUAUCGUCGAAAGGUCAGCAGGGUCAGGCGAAAGAUUCGGCAUCCAUCCUCACAAAUUGGUGAAUACCAUUACAUAAAGGCCAAAAAAUGUUCUCGCGUGUUCUGAAGCCCGUCGCGGGAGUAGCCGUGCAAAAUGGCGCCAAGAACUUCUCCACCACAUCGCAGAAAAAUUUCAAAGUGGUGGUCGCUGGUGCCGCCGGAGGAAUAGGCCAGCCUUUGGCUCUCCUCCUCAAGCAAAACCCGCUGGUGACCAGACUGGCCCUGUACGACAUCGCGCCGGUCACCCCCGGCGUUGGAGUAGACCUCUCCCACAUGGACACUCCCGCCAAGGUCAGCGGCCACAAGGGCCCGGAAGAACUGCCAGCCGCCAUUAAAGACGCGGACGUGGUGGUGAUCCCCGCCGGCGUGCCGCGCAAGCCGGGCAUGACGCGCGACGACCUGUUCAACACCAACGCGUCCAUCGUGCGCGACAUCGCCGCCUCCAUCGCCCAGAACGCGCCCAAGGCCAUCGUGGCCAUCAUCACCAACCCGGUCAACUCCAUGGUGCCGAUCGCAUCUGAGGUCUUGAAGAAGGCCGGAGUAUACGACCCGGCGCGCGUCCUCGGAGUCACCACCCUGGACGUGGUGCGCGCGGCCGCCUUCAUCGGCGAGAUCAACGGCGUGGACCCUCGCUCGGUGACCAUCCCCGUCAUCGGUGGUCACUCCGGCGUCACCAUCAUCCCCGUCCUCUCGCAGAGCCAGCCCGCCGUCAAGCUCUCCGACCAGGCCAAGAUCAAGGCCCUCACUGAGAGGAUUCAAGAGGCUGGUACUGAGGUUGUGAAAGCCAAGGCUGGUGGUGGCUCCGCUACCCUCUCCAUGGCGUACGCUGGCGCGAGACUCACGGGCUCCGUCCUCAGAGGUCUUAAGGGAGAAUCCAACGUAGUGGAGUGCGCGUACGUGAAGUCCGACCUGACGGAGGCGGCUUACUUCGCGAACCCCGUGGUGCUCGGCAAGAACGGCGUGGAGAAGAACCUCGGCUACGGCAAGCUCAACGAGUUCGAGCAGCAACUCCUCAAGGCCGCCAUCCCUGAACUGCUGAAGAACAUCAAGACCGGAGAAGAUUUCGCCAAGAAGUAAACGGAUAUGCUAGUUGUAGGAAAUGUCAUUACCGGCACGUCGAACGUCGAUAUUGAGUUUUAUAGCUUCUAUGAAACAUUGAUUGGUGUUUUUUAAAUUCCAUAUUACCAAGUCUUAUAUUAUAGUGUCAAUUAUGUUUUGUUACUUGUCAGAAAUAAUAUACGAGGCAAUAUGGAAUUUAAUAAAAUUGACUUUACAAUGUAUAUGGUAAUGACAAUGUCCAACAUUGUUAUGACGGUAAUGACAAUCUUCUUUUGAACCAACGACGAUCGGUAGCAAAAUGUAAGUGGUAAGUGUUGCGAACUGUAAACGAAUAGACUCUUAGACUUUUGUGUUAAUUUAUUAUUUAUUUUGUAAACUUUAUAGUGCAUUUUUGUUAACAUAUUUUACACUAAAAUCAAACUAAAUAAUGUAUUCCAUGUCAAAAAGGUUAUUGUGUGGGAAAAACGCAUCAAAGGCAAGUAUUUUAAAAGGCCAUAAGUAUUACGGUAGAUCUAGUAAUGGACAUAUUUUACAUAGCAAAAAUGUCUUUAUAAAAUAUUGCUUACCUAGUUGACUUGUAAUAUAGACAAGUAUAAAACUAUGUUUGCGUAGUUUUCCGCACAAUACAAUUUGUUCUCUGAAAUAUUUUUCAGUGUUAAACAAUAAACCCCAGUUGUUAGUUCGGAACGCAUUGCCAAAGCCCUGUCGUAUGUAUGAUUUUGUAAAUAGAUGAUUAUGUUAAAUGUGAUUGGUGAAUGCUGAAUAAAUUAAUACUUAUUAAUAA